UCAACACUAGUAAGCAGUAAGCACUAAGUAGUAACGAAAACAACACAGCCGGAGGAAACAAAAAGAGUAAAGAGAAAAAAAUUAAAAUAAAUGAAGUGUCCUUACUGUUCAUCGGCGCAAGGACGGUGCGCCACCGCAACCUCCGGCAGAUCGAUAACGGAAUGCACCUCAUGCGGCCGCGUAGUGGAAGAACGCCAGACGCAAAACCACCACCUCUUCCAUCUCCGCGCGCAAGACACUCCUCUCUGCCUCGUCACUCCCGAUCUCCAACCCCCCGCCGCGCAACCGUCUCCAGCCGACGAGGAAGAUCCGUUCGAGCCAACCGGGUUCAUCACCGCCUUCUCAACAUGGUCACUCGAGCCGAGCCCGAUCUUCGCCCGCUCCUCCCUCUCCUUCUCCGGUCACCUCGCCGAGCUCGAGCGAACCCUGGAGCUCGCUUCGAAUUCGUCGUCGUCGUCGACGGUUGUGGUGGUGGAUAACCUGAGGGCUUAUAUGCAGAUCAUCGACGUGGCGUCGAUUCUGGGGCUGGAUUGCGAUAUCUCUGAGCAUGCUUUCCAGUUGUUUAGGGAUUGCUGCUCAGCUACUUGCUUGAGGAACAGAAGCGUCGAAGCCUUGGCCACUGCUUGUCUUGUUCAAGCUAUUAGAGAAGCUCAGGAGCCUAGAACUCUUCAGGAGAUCUCCAUUGCAGCCAAUGUACAGCAGAAGGAAAUUGGCAAGUACAUCAAGAUUUUAGGAGAAGCUCUACAACUAAGUCAACCUAUCAACAGCAACUCUAUAUCUGUUCAUAUGCCAAGAUUCUGCACCCUCCUUCAACUUAACAAAUCUGCUCAGGAACUGGCAACACACAUCGGAGAAGUGGUGAUCAACAAGUGCUUCUGCACCCGUAGAAACCCUAUCAGCAUUUCUGCAGCUGCUAUCUAUCUAGCAUGUCAGCUUGAAGACAAACGAAAGACGCAAGCUGAGAUUUGUAAGAUAACCGGAUUAACGGAAGUAACCCUGCGAAAAGUGUAUAAGGAGCUUCUGGAGAAUUGGGACGACCUUCUCCCGUCUAACUACACACCAGCCGUCCCACCAGAGAAAGCAUUCCCUACAACCACAAUCUCUACAACCCGCUCAACAACUCCUAGAGCCGUGGAUCCACCUGAACCGAGUUUAGCAGACAGAGACAAGCCACCGGUUAAACCCGUGGAAACAUCUGAUCAUGCCAACCAACAACAAGAACACAAAGGCAAAGAAGAAAAGCAUCCGAAAUUCAGACAGCCUUGGCUGUUUGGAACUGCCAGUGUCAUGAGCCCAGGGGAAAUGGUAAGCGAGCCGGAUAAACCUGACUUUGAUAAGCAGCAGCAGCAGCUAGGGGAUAAGGAAACACUGCCUACAUAUCUCAGACAACAUAACCAAUUCCCUUCGAGUUCAUCUCCAUCUUCAAGUAUCAGCACAAUCAACUGGUCAUUCAGACCUUCUGGUGGUACCGGGUCCUCAAGCAGCUUGCCUGUUGUUCAUCCGCCGAAACUGCCUCCGGGUUAUGCUGAGAUCAGAGGCAGUGGAUCUCAAUCAGGAAACAAGAAUGCUAAUAAUCCACAUGGAGAUUAGUCAUUAGUGUAACGGUAACACUCUUCACUUGGAUUUGAAGUUCUUUACAUAUCCAAUGCAUGUACUCUUGUCUUUGUUCGUAUGCAUCUUGGCUGUAGUCGUUUCGCUAUGGUCUUGUAAACAUUCAGUGUCAGAAAGAGUACAAGUACAAAGUUAUGCUGCCUAACCCUUUUGUGUUUGAUGGAUUGGGUUGUGGGCUUUUGUAGUAGCCUAAUCAUCUUCGUGGCCUGUUGUAUAUUUUUGACUUUUUUCUGGUACGCAAAUUUGGAAAAUAAAUAAAAUAGAAUAAAAAUAUGGAAGAGUCGUGAAGGAAAUUGCAAGGAAUAUUCCGUUUUCAAAUAAGAAAACGUGUUGCAUGGAAUUAGUAAAACGCCAACAACCCAUAUUCGCUGUCUACUUUCCUUAAAUAUUAUUUUUCUUUCGUGUAAACUAUACACCGUUGAUCUUAUAUUCAACUAUUUGAUCUUGUCCGUUGAUUAUCCCCGACUCUGUGUAUAAAGAUAACAGCAUUGAUCUCUUUGGUUACCAUACCCGCUUUUUUCUUAUUAUUCUUUUCAAUUUAUCUCUUUGUGUUCAUUAGAUCUCUCUGCUAUGUCAUCGUCUUUCCGAUUCAGAUCGUCGGAGUUCAGCUCUCGAUCCACGGAUAGGACUCGUAUCGGCAUGGAUCUAGUGGCUUCGGUUUGAUUCAUGCUAGAAGACGUAUCGUAGCUGCUGAGAGAUCUCUCAGGAUCGGUUGAAUAGCUGAUCUGAUCUCCGAUCGCGAGGUUCCUCGUUGGAUCUGUGAUUUGCGUCUCGGAGAUGAUGAAUCCGAUUGGCAAGGAGGAGCGACUGGAGAAGAAGAGAGAAGAUGAGGAAGAUAUGUGAAAUGAUAUGAGAUGAUUGAAGGAUGUAUGAGAUGUUUGUUAAGGACGAUACAGCCUUUCUGAUGAGAGAGGGCUUGAGUUCUGAAUUAGCAUCUUUGUCAUCCGACCUUUGCCAUGACAGGUGCGCUUGCAUGGCAGGUCACAAAAAAGUUCCUUAAUAAAAAAAAAUAGUUUCGUGUUGUUGUGAGGGGAGUUCGCACGGGGAACAUAUUUUUUUAGCCCGGGUUCUCCCCCUCACCUGUGUCUUUGCAUCUCGCUCUCUCGCACACACUCACUGAUUCCUUUUGAUCUCAAAUUCACCAAAAUAUCUCGAUACAGACAUAUUUUGAAUGGAUCCAGAUCUUACUAUUGAGCAGAUCUGGAGUCAAACGCACGGCCUAAUCCAACAUACUCCAUGGAGACACAGAGGUACUUUUAAAUUUUAGUUUCAAUUCUCCCAUUCAGCUGUUUAAUCCUACAACAUAACAUAUCUAACCAACCGUCUUUAAUUUUCUCAUGGACAAAAAAGAUUAUUACUAUUCAGAAUUGAAUUAUUAUUAAUUAGGCUUUUGUAACAAAGAAAUCAUAUAUUGCAUCUAUAUUUAUAUCACUUUACCAUUACCUCGGCUCACUAUUGAUUUGAAUUUGAAAUUACUUAUUACUUUCGUCUAUAAUAACAUGUGAUUUACAAGGUGUAUAUACCUAGGUAAAAUUUGUUUGGGACAACAAUUUGUACGCAUUUUUAUAGUGUAUUGUAUCUUGUUACAUUUCUACCAAUCUGUAAGCAUACUGUAAUGUAUCAUGUAUGUUUUUUAGUGUUGCAAAUGGCUUUGAAGACCUUUAAAGAUUUUCCCCAGCCAUGCUAAAACCUGCCCCCAAGGGAAGUUAAUUUUCAUGUUGUUUAAGCAGAAGGUAUAUAAAAGAAGUUACUUUGUUCUUUUUGUACAAAUUUGUCAAAGUUCGAGCCCACAGAUCUUGUUUCUAAAUCUGAAUAUUUCAUUAUUUAUCUCACUUAAUAAUGAAUUUUAUACUGUAAUGUCUCGAUUAUACUUGUAUUACGUCGAUUUGCUCUUUGAAUUAGCAAUUACAGUUUUUAUUGA